UCUUCCCCCCCGUACUCUCUCUCUCUCUCUCUCUCUCCUCUUUUAUGUAUUAAUAAGAGAGAUGGGACCUAUCUCAAGUUUGUGCGUGAAUCCGACCCCAUCACAGCCGUUCAUUUUUAAUCAUGCCAUACCAUCCGAUGGUGUUAGAUUCACGCACAAACUCUUGAUUUGUCUCCUCUGCAACACCUCACUCCAUUUUCUAUUAAACAUUAAAAAAAAAAAACAGAAACACUGAUUUUGCUUUUGGCGCCAAUUCCAAUUUCUAUUUCACUAAUUUUCCUUUUUUUCCCCCCUCCUAUUCAAAUACAAGACAAGAACAUUUCAUUCUGUUUGUUUGGGAUAAGAAAAAAAAUAAAGAAAGAAAGAAGGAGAUAAAAUAUUCUGUUUGUGUUAUUUUUUUUUUAGUAAUCAGAUCAGAUGGCUUCGGAGGCAGGAGAGGGAUCAACGGCUGGGAUGGACGAUUACGAGACGCUGAUCUCAACGACCGACGUGGAGCUUCUCAAGAAGGCUUGGCGUAACGAGAAAGCCGCACCGGAGAUUCUUCGAUUCGAGACCUCUUUGAUUCAAAGAAUCAGAGGCCAGAUCCAGUUAAUGGAAGAAAACAUUGAGGAAUUUGCUGGUAGUGGCAUCGAUCCGCUCACAGUAUCACUCUACCAGAUGGACUUGGAUAGGACUCAGUAUUUAUUUAGAUCGUAUCUUCGGAUUCGCCUCCAAAAGAUUGAAAAAUACAUGUUCCAUAUCUCAAAGAACCCUGAAGUUCAGAGCCGGCUUUCUGAACAAGAGAAAGGGUUUGCCAGAAGGUGUGCUGAUGAUAUGGAGAGACAUCUUGAAGAGAGUGUAUUGUCGAAAUUGCCUGAUAAUUAUCAGGACAUAGUAAAGCAGUCUAUAAUAAGUGAAGAGAGCGACAUGAUCCCAGAGCCGCAAUUGGACUCAUUCGUUGUCUGUAAAAGCAGAAGAUUUCUGGGACCUUUUCAGCUUGAUGGCAGUGAUGAACUCCUGGAGAUGAAGCCUGAUGAACUAUGUAUAAUACAUUACAAGUCAAUCAGGGAGCGUGUACAAGAAGGGGAUAUUGAUUUGGUCUGAGAAUCAGCUACUCACUUGUUUGUUUUAAGUUCAGAAUAAUAAGCUGCUAAGGAAGAAAAGUAACAUUAAUGCAAUUGUAAUCUGAACUUGUUCAUCAUUCAACCAUAUGAAUGUCAUGGCGGUUUGAUGGUGUGGGCAAACAUCAUUUAGCUUUAUGACAUUCAUUAUGAGGUUAACUUAGUUCCAAAAGCUGGAGAAUGUAGAGGCCUAAUUCUGGAUUUUCGUGGUUAAGCACUCCAAAACAAAAUUACAAAAACUCUGGCAAGUUUAAUGUGUGCUUGGCUUGCCAUCCUCUCUGUAUGUAUUCUAUGGCUGCACUUUAAAUAAAUUCAUUAAUCAAAUCAUUCAUCUU